GGUAGCGGAAUCGGGAGCGGGUGACUCAGAGCCAGCAGCAGCACCAUGGCGAGCUCAGCACAGGGCCUGCCCAGCGCCGAGCUCUGGGCCUCCCAUAACAAGAUGGUGAUGGAGCCGCUGGACACCAACGACCCCGAGGUGCACAGCAUCAUCAAGAAGGAGAAGCAGCGGCAGAGGUUGGGGCUGGAGUUAAUUGCAUCGGAGAACUUUGCAAGCCGAGCAGUCCUGGAGGCCCUGGGAUCCUGCAUGAACAACAAAUACUCUGAGGGUUACCCAGGACAGAGGUACUACGGUGGGACGGAGUUUGUGGACGAGCUGGAGAGGCUGUGCCAGAAGCGAGCCCUGCAGGCUUACCGGCUCGACCCCCAGAAGUGGGGAGUCAAUGUCCAGCCCUACUCAGGGUCACCUGCAAACUUUGCAGUGUACACGGCCCUGGUGGAGCCCCAUGGCAGGAUCAUGGGGCUGGACCUACCCGAUGGUGGCCACCUCACCCACGGCUUCAUGACAGACAAGAAGAAGAUCUCUGCCACCUCUGUCUUCUUCGAGUCCAUGCCCUACAAGGUCAACCCCAAGACCGGUUACAUCGACUAUGACAAGCUGGAGGAGAACGCCCGGCUCUUCCACCCCAAGCUGAUCAUAGCAGGUGUCAGCUGCUACUCGCGGAACCUGGACUACGCGCGCAUGCGGAAGAUCGCGGAUGACAACGGGGCGUUCCUGAUGGCAGACAUGGCGCACAUCAGCGGGCUGGUGGCUGCCGGCGUGGUGCCCUCGCCCUUCGAGCACUGCGACAUCGUCUCCACCACCACCCACAAGACCCUGCGGGGCUGCAGGGCCGGAAUGAUCUUCUACCGCAAAGGCACCCGCAGCGUGGACCCCAAGACAGGCAAGGAGACCCUCUACAACCUGGAGAGCCUCAUCAACCAGGCAGUGUUCCCAGGGCUGCAGGGAGGCCCACACAACCACGCCAUUGCAGGGAUUGCCGUGGCACUGCAUCAGGCCAUGACACCCGAGUUCAAGGCUUACCAGCAGCAGGUGGUGGCCAACUGCAAGGCACUCUCAUCAGCACUGAUGGAGAUGGGCUACGACAUUGUCACAGGGGGCUCUGACAAUCACCUGAUCCUGGUGGACCUGCGCAGCAAAGGCACAGACGGCGGCCGGGCCGAGCGGGUGCUGGAGCUCUGCUCCAUUGCCUGCAACAAGAACACGUGCCCUGGUGAUGUCAGUGCCCUGCGGCCCAGCGGCCUCCGCUUUGGGACACCAGCUCUGACCUCGCGCGGCUUCCGGCAGGACGAUUUCCGCAAGGUGGCCCAGUACAUCCACAAAGGGAUUGAGCUGGCUCUGCGUGUGCAGAAGGACAUGAGCCCCAAGGCCACGCUGAAGGAAUUCAAGGACAAGUUGGAGGACCCAAAAUACCGUGGGGAGCUGAAGGCACUGAAGGAAGAGGUGGAAGCCUUUGCAGCCACAUUCCCGCUGCCAGGGUUGCCUGUCCUGUAAGGGGACACAGCCAUGGCCGCUCCUGGAGCCACAGGAGCACCCAGGAUCAUGGCACAGCCCCAAUCCCCAGCCUGACACCAACACCCCAGUGCCUUCUCCCAGCCCUUCCCUGUGGAGCUGCAGCAGCAGCUCCUCCUUUGUUUCUUACUCCCCUUUCCCCUCCCAUGUGGGGCACAGGGACCCCAUGAGUACAACCCCUAUGGGGACACCAGCCCUGCACCACAGUGUCACCGAGCACCAGGUCACCCUCACUCACCCCAUGGUGCCAUCCAGCUCCUGCUGGCUGUGGAGCAGCAGAUGAGAUGUAGGCUGGUCUGUCCACAUUCCCUGGACACCCUGCCCAUGGCAGUGUGAGGGACAGGGGCUCCAGCUGCACAGGAACCUCACAGCCACUAAAAGUCCCCCUGGUUUCAGCCUCGAGGAUUCCCCUUCAUCCUGUGUGCCUUGCCACCUCCACAGGCUAUGACAGGGCCAAGCCUUGUCCUGAACAUCCCUCCUGGGAUCACCAUCCGUCCUAACCAGGUCCUCCAGUACUUUCUCAGACCCCUUGGCACAAAGCUUAGGUUGAACCAUUUUUUAAUAAGCACGGUAAAAUUAAGAAUUGAACCACAACAAAUAACAAGAAUUAUAAGCUUUAAAAAAUACGACCAAUUUUUUUUUUUUUUUUUUUUUUUUUUGUAUUUCAAAAAUAUCUGAACCCAAAUAAAUAUUUUUUUUUUAAAAGUACA